AUGGCUAAGAUUUUUAAAGGAUUAGUAUAAAGUGGCCUUUGGGGUUGUUUUGAUGAGUUUAAUAGAAUUGAUUUGGAAGUACUUUCUGUCGUGGCAAUGCAAGUCGAGUCAAUUACAACUGCUAGAAAAUAGCAUUUGAAUCAUUUUAUGUUCCCAGAAGAAGAACAUCCUAUUUUGCUUAUUAAAAGUGUUUCUUAUUUCAUUACUAUGAACCCUGGUUAUGCUGGAAGACAAGAAUUGCCUGAAAAUUUGAAAGUACUUUUUAGAGGUGUAUCUAUGAUGGUUCCCGAUAGAGAAAUUAUUAUUAAGGUUAAGUUGGCUUCUGUAGGUUAUAAUACAAUUGAUACAUUAUCUAAGAAAUUUAAUGUCUUGUAUAGAUUAUGUGAAGAAUAAUUAUCUAAACAAAGACAUUAUGAUUUUGGUUUAAGAAAUAUUCUAUCAGUACUAAGAACUGCUGGUAAUACUAAAAGAGAAGAACUCAAAUCAGAAGAAGAUAUGCUUCUUAUGAGAUCUUUAAGAGAUAUGAAUUUAUCUAAACUUGUAGCUGAUGAUAUUCCAUUAUUUAAUGGACUUUUGGCAGAUAUUUUCCCUAAAUUAAAGGAAGUACCUAAAAAAACAUAUCCUGAAGUGGAAAAGAAGAUUCCCGAAAUAAUUGCUUAAAGGAGUGAUUUAAUAAAUACUCCUUCUUUCUAACUUAAGAUUAUUCAACUUUACGAAACAUGUGUUGUCAGACACGGUUAUAUGCUUGUAGGGCCUACUGGAUCAGGUAAAACAACAAUUAUGUAUAUUUUAACAGAAGUACUGUCAUAAAUUAUUGCACAACAUAGAAUUGUAAAGAUGAAUCCUAAAGCCAUUACUGCUGAACAGAUGUAUGGUGUUAAAUCUGAAAUUUCAGAUGAUUGGAUUCCUGGUGUGUUUUCUACUUUAUGGUCUAAAUCAAAUAAUAGAGCUUUAAAACAUCAUACAUGGCUUACUUGUGAUGGUCCCGUCGAUGCUAUUUGGAUUGAAAAUUUAAAUACAGUACUUGAUGAUAACAAAAUUUUAACUUUAGCUAAUGGUGAACGUAUUGCUAUGACUGAAAAUUGUAAAUUAGUUUUUGAAGUCGAAAAUUUAAAUAAUGCUUCACCUGCUACAGUAUCUAGGUGUGGUUAGGUUUAUGUUUCUCCUACUGAUUUAGGCUAUGAUGCUGUUAUUGAAGGAUGGAUAAAGAAUAGAUCCAAAACCAGAGAAGCUGAGUCUAAUAUUUUAGGUAAUUUGCUCAAAAAAUAUUUGAUUUAAUAAAGAUUUAUUGAAAACUAAGCCAAAAUUUGUAAAGAGUAAACCAUGCCUUUAUCAUCUGUUAUCUAAGUUGGAAAUAUUUUGAAUUUAAUAACUGGUGCUCUAUAACCUUACGUUUAAUAAUCCAAAACUCUUACAGAAGUUGAAUAUGAGAGAUUCCUUGUUUUCGCUAUUGCUUGGGCUGUAGGAGGUAUUUAUGAAGCUGGAGACAGAAUUCUUUUCCAUUAAUUAUUAUUAUAAAAGAAUGCACCUGUUCCUUAAAAAGGUAAAGAUAAAGAAACUGUAUUUGAUUAUUUCGUUAAUUAAGAUUAUUGCGAUUGGAAAUUAUGUACACCUGAAGAAUGGGUUCCUCCAGAGAGAGGUCUUUAAUUUUCUCAACUUUUGUUACCUACAUUAGAUUCUUUUAGAGCAGAACUUUUACUUGACUUGGUUUUGAAAUAACCCAAGAGUUCUUUAUGUAGUAACUCUUGUUUACUUAUUGGAGGUUCUGGCACAGCUAAAACAUCAUCUGUCUUAUUAUAUUGUGCGAAAUUUAAUAAGGAAAAAAUGCUUUUCAAAAGAACUAACUUUUCAUCUGCUACUUCUCCGUUUAUGUUUUAAUCGACUAUCGAAGGAGAAUGCGACUUCAAAGUUGGUAAAGAUUUUGCUCCUCCAAUGAACAAAAUGAUGACUAUUUUUAUUGAUGACAUGAGUAUGCCUUAUGUAAAUAAAUGGGGUGAUUAAAUUACCUUAGAAAUUGUUAGAUAAUUAGUCGAAUAGGGAGGUUUCUACAUGUUAGAUAAAACUCAAAGAGGUAACUUUAAGAAUAUUAAGAAUUUACAAUAUAUUGGUGCUAUGAAUCAUCCUGGAGGUGGUAGAAAUGACAUCCCUAAUAGAUUAAAAAGAUAAUUUUUUAUUUUUAAUAUGAUUUUGCCCCUUUCUAUUGAAACUAUUUAUGGACCUAUUAUUAAGCAUAUGUUCAAACAAAAAUAUUUCACUGAAUAAACUUUUAAAAUUAUUGAAUCUUUAACUGCGGCCACCAUUUCUUUAUGGAAUAAAGUUAAAUAAACAAUGUUACCUACCCCAGCUAAAUUUCAUUAUGUAUUCAACAUGAGAGAGCUAUCCAGAAUUUUCAAAGGAAUUCUUACAUGUAAAAAAGAUACAAUUAAUGAAUCUUAAAAAUAAAUUAAAAUGAAACCUGAAUUAUUCGUUGUAGGUUUAUGGAGGCAUGAAGCCGAAAGAGUGCUUUCAGAUAAAUUAGUAAAUUAAAAAGAUAAAGACAUUGUACUUGGCUUUAUUCAAGAAGUUUCUUUAGAAAACUUCUCUUAAUUGGAAAAUGAAAUUUAGGACAAAUUUAGUUCGGAAAAAAUAUUUCUUUUCUGUGAUUUCUUACGUGCUGAUAUUAUAAAUGAAGACGGUAUUGUAGAAGAAGAAGCGCCUAAAAUUUAUGAAGCGUAGGAUAAUUUACCAGAAUUGAAAAAAAGAUGUAAUUUCUUACUUGAUUACUAUAAUGAGAAAAAUCCCUCUAAAAAAAUGUAACUUGUGCUUUUUGAUGAUGCACUUAGACAUUUACUAAGAGUUUCUCGUAUUAUAAGAUAGCCUCGUUCAAACGGUUUGCUUGUAGGUGUAGGAGGUUCCGGAAAGUAGUCUUUGACAAGAUUAGCAGCAUUUAUUGGCAAAAACUUAAUCCAAUAAAUUAUUGUGACAAAAACUUAUGCUGAAAAAGAUUUGAAAGAAGACAUUAAAUUAGGUUUUGAUCAAGCAGGACAUUUAGGAAAAUAAGUUACUUUCUUAAUGACUGAUUCUGAAGUAAAAAAAGAGGAAUUCCUUGAAUAUAUUAAUAUGGUCUUAAGUACUGGUGAAAUUCCCAAUUUACUUCAAAAAGACGAGAGAGAAGUGUGGUUAGGAGACAUAACUUAAGAAUAUACAAAAGAAAAAAAUCUUGGGAACGUAGAUGUUCCAGCAAGUGACUUAUGGAACUAUUUCGUAGACCGUGUAAGAGAUAACUUCCAUAUUAUGUUGUGUUUCUCACCUGUAGGUUAGAAAUUCAGAGAUAGAGCUCGUAAAUUCCCUGCUCUUUUCAAUGAAUGCACUAUCGACUGGUUUUUGCCUUGGCCUGAAGAGGCUCUUGUUUCUGUAGCUGAAACUUUCAUUAAAAAUUUCAAAAAACUCGAAACUAAAGAUGAAACUAAGCUUUAACUUAUGAAACAUAUGGGUAAUGUGCACUUAAUGGUUAAUGAAAUUUGCGAUGAAUAUUAUUAAAAAAUGAGAAGAUAAGUGUAUGUCACACCCAAGUCUUUCCUUUCCUAUUUGAAUUCUUAUAAAACUUUAUAUAUUCAAAAAUACGAUGAAUUAGAUUAAUAAGAAGAGUCUUUCAAAAUUGGUCUUAAGAAAAUCUAAGAAGCUACUACUUCUAUUAACAUUAUGGAAAUCGCCUUGAAAGAUGAAGAAGUUUAACUUAUGGAAUCUACUGAAAAGACAAAUAUACUUAUUGCAAACUUAGAAAAAGAAUAAAAGAAAGCUAAUCAAAAGCAAGAAGAAGUCGAAGCUACGUCUAAAUAGUGUUAAGGUCAAAAAGAAAAAAUCCAAAUCGAGAAAGCUGAAGCAGAAAAAGAACUCGAAGCUGCUAUGCCUGCUUUAAGAAGAGCUUAAGAUGCUGUCGAUAGUAUUUCAAGUUCUGAUAUUGUAGAAAUUAAAUCGAAUAAAAAUCCUUUAGAAAUUAUUAAAUAUAUUAUGGACAGUGUUUUAGUCUUUUUCAAAGCCAAAUUACUUCCUAUCACUAUUGAAGAUAGAAUCUUUAAUAAAAAAGAAGGAAAAAUUGUUCCAUUCUUAAAAGAAUCUUGGGAAUUAUCUGGAAAAUAAACUCUUUAUGAUAUGAAUUUUAUGAAAUCAUUAAAAGAAUUUGAAAAAGAUUAAAUCAACGAAGAAACUAUGGAACUCUUAGAACCCUAUACCAAUUGUUGUGAUGAUUGGUUUAAUGAAGCAACUGCUUCUAAAGCUUCUAAAGCCGCUAAUGGUAUAUUAAAAUGGGCUUUGGCUAUUAAUGAAUAUCAUUUAAAAUCUAAAAUCGUAAAACCAAAAAGAGAAUAAGUGUAAAUUGCAGAAGGAAGACUAGCUAUUGCUGUUAAAGAAUUGGAAAAAGCUUAAGCUGAUGUAGCUUAAAUAAAUGCUGAAAUUACAGCUUUGAAGGAAAAAUUCGGUAAAUAAAUGGAAGAAAAAAAUGAAUUAGAAAUGAAAGCUUCCAAAACAAAGAAAAAAAUUAACACUGCUAGAACUUUAAUUACAUCUCUUUCAGGAGAAAAGGAAAGAUGGAGCAAAGGACAAUAAGAAAUCGCUGACUAAAAAUUCAAAUUAGUCGGAAAUGUAUCUCUUGCUACUGCCUUUAUUUCCUAUUGUGGACCUUUCAAUGCCGAAUUCCGACACAAAUUAGCCUAAAUUAAAUUUGUUGGGGAUAUGAAGAAAAAAGAAGUCCCAGUUACUUAAGGUUUAGAAUUGACUUCUUUCCUUAUUGACUCUGCAACUAUUGGAGAAUGGAAUUUGUAAGGUUUACCAAAAGAUGAUUUAUCUAUUUAAAACGGUAUUAUGGUUACUAAUUCUACUAGGUAUCCUUUGUUUAUUGAUCCUUAAGGAUAAGGUCAAUUUUGGAUAAAAAAUAAAUUUACAAAAUCUAUUGAACCUGCUAGAUGUAUUACAACUCUUAACCAUCCUAAAUUUAAAGAUAUGUUCUUGAAAUAUUGUAUGGAAGAUGGUAAAACUCUUAUUAUUGAAAAUAUCGAAAAUGAAGUUGAUCCUAUGUUAGAUCCUGUUUUAGAAAAGCAAGUAAUUGUAAAAGGGAAAACAUAAAUUAUCAAUGUAGGAGGAACAGAAAUUGAAUUCCAUAAAGAGUUCAGACUUUUCAUGACUUGCAGGCUUGCAAAUCCUUCUUUCUCUCCCGAAUUAUCUGCCAAAACCACUAUUAUUGACUUCACAGUCACUCGUUCUGGUUUAGAACAACAAUUAUUAGGAAAAGUUAUUUCUAAAGAAUAAAAAGCACUUGAAGAUUCCCUUAAUUAACUUCUCGCUGAUGUCAACCAAAACUAAAAGGAUUUAUAAAGACUAGAUAAAAAUUUACUCGAACGUCUUAUCAAUUCUCAAGGUAACUUAUUAGAUGAUACUGAAUUGAUGGAUGUGUUGAAUAACACAAAAACCCAAGCUAAAGAAGUUGCCGCAAAACUAAUAGAUGCUGAAAUAAAACAAAAGAAAUUAAUGAAAAAAGAGAAUAAUAUAGACCUGUAGCUAUUAGAGGCUCUUCUAUUUAUUUCACCAUUAUAGAAGUAUCUUUGGUAAAUUGGAUGUAUAAUUCUUCUCUUGAAUAAUUUCUUAAACUUUUUAUUGAAUCUAUCGAUUUAUCUGAAAAAGCAUAACUUCCUUCUAAUAGAAGGACUUUUUGAAAAGGACAAAAUCACAUUUAUUUUAAUGAUGACCUUUAAAAUAAUGACCACUUCAGGAACUAUAAGCGGAAAUGAUGUUUCUCUUUUCUUAAAAUCAGGAGAUGCACUCGAUAUUAAAACUGAACGAUAAAAACCACUUGCUUAUUUAAAAGAUAAAUAAUGGUUGAAUAUUUUAGCUCUUUCUAAACAUACUUUUUCGGGAUAAACAGUUCCUUUCUUUAGAGAACUUCCUGAUUUGAUAACUAGAAGUGAAUAAUAAUGGAGAUAAUGGAUUGAAAAAAAUGAUCCUGAAAACUUCGCUAUACCUGACUUUGCCGAAAGUAUUUCUUAAGAAAAGGAACUUGGACCUUUCAUUACUUUGUGUUUGGUUAGAUCUCUUAGAGAUGAUAGAACUUUAGUCGGAACUUAAUAAUUUAUUGGAUCAACUUUAGGCAAAGAAUUUACUGAUCCUAUUUCUUAUCCUAUAGAAACUAUUUGGGCAGAAUCUUCUAAUUUAGAUCCUGUUUUGUUCUUAUUAUCAGCAGGUGCUGAUCCUACAAGUUCAAUUGAUGAACUUGCCAAAAAGAAAAAGAAAUUCCCUUGCGAAAAAGUAUCUAUGGGAGAAGGACAAGAAAAGGUAGCAAGAAUUUCUAUGCAAAAAGGUUUCGAAACUGGUGGAUGGAUUAUUUUAUAAAACUGUCAUUUAGGUUUAAAAUUUAUGGAAGAAAUAGAAACUUUAGUUGUUCCUUCAAACAAUAUUCAUCCCGAUUUCCGUUUAUGGAUUACUUGUGAGCAACAUCCUAAAUUCCCUCUAGGUUUGCUCUAAAAAACCUUAAAAGUAACAAAUGAACCCCCUAAAGGUCUAAAAGCUGGUUUAUAUAAAACAUUCACAACAAUAAUAACUUAAGAGUUCAUAGAUAAAGUAGAUCAUAAUAACUGGAGAUCUUUAAUAUUUACUGUUUGCUUCUUACAUUCGAUUGUUAUUGAAAGAAAGAAAUUUGGUCCUUUAGGAUGGUGUAUUCCUUAUGAAUAUAAUUAUUCAGAUUUAGAAGCAUCUCUGCUUUAUAUUGAAAAAUAUUUAACGAAUCUCAUGAGUACUCCUCAAACUAACAACAACUACGCACUUCCUAUUUCCAUGAACGUCAUCAGAUAUAUGAUUUGUGAAGUUUAAUACGGAGGAAGAAUUACAGACGAUCUCGAUCGUGAGCUUUUUAAUACAUACGGAGAAGCCUAUUUAAAAGAAGGAAUAUUCGGAAAUGACUAUUUCUUUUAUGAUAUUUUAGUUGAUGGUGCUGGAUAGAAAUUCAAAUACAGAAUUCCUUAAAACUAAUCUGCAGAGCUUUCAAAAUAUACUGAUUAUAUUUAAAAAGUCCCCACAGUUGAUAAUCCUGAAGUUUUUGGUUUACAUCCAAACGCUGAUUUAACUUUCAGAUUAAAAGAAAGCAAUGAAAUGAUUGCCACAGUAAUGGAAACUCAACCCAAAGAUUCCAUGGGUGGUGGAGGAAAAACACGUGAAGAAAUAGUACAAGAUAAAGCUAAAGAAAUGUUAAAUAAACUUCCACCUGACUAUAUUGAUGGUGAGGUUAGAGAAAAAGUAGGAAAACUAGCAGGUCCUAAUCGUAAAAAUACAGCAGAAAGAGGAAUGACUAUUCCUUUAAAUAUUUUCCUUUAUUAAGAACUUGCACGUAUUUAAAGGGUCAUAGCUCUUGUAAGAAAGACAUUAUAAGAUACUAUAUUUGCUAUUGAUGGUACUAUUAUUAUGACUCCUGAUAUUUUAGAUGCUAUUAAUUCUAUUUUUGAUGCUAAAGUACCUAAUACAUGGCUUUAUGAUCCUUCAGGAGCUGAAAUUUCUUGGAUUUUGCCCACUUUGGGUUCGUGGUCUGCUUCUUUAGUUGACAGAAACAAAUAACUUAAUGACUGGUUAAUUAAUGAUAGACCUAAUAGUUAUUGGCUUACAGGAUUCUUUAAUCCUUAAGGUUUUCUUACAGCAAUGAAAUAAGAAGUAACUAGAAAUCACAAGAAAGGAGAUGGCAAAGGAGGAGAAGCAUGGUCUUUGGAUGAUGUUGUUUACUCUACAACUGUAAAAGAAAAAGAUACUGACUAAUAACCUGCAGAAGGUGUUUAUGUACAUGGUUUGUAUCUUGAAGGAUGUAAAUGGAGCAGAAAUGGAUUAGAAGAUAGUGAUCCUAAAUAAAUAUUCGCUCCUUUACCAACUUUACAUGUAUCGGCUAUUAAUAAGAAAAAGCCUACAGAAUAAGAUAGGAUUUCUAAUACUUAUAUGUGCCCUGUAUAUAAAUAUCCGAAGAGAACCGAUAAGUAUUUAAUCUUUAGAGUCGGAUUACCUUGUGAAGGAUAAAAUAAUCCUUAACACUGGAAAUUAAGAGGUGUUGCUUUAUUAUGCUCUACUGAAUGA